AUGGCAGCUUCAUCAUCAGAUCAUGAUGCAACACCAUUGUCAUAUUUCGAGUAUUUCGAGUAUGAUAGACAGCGAGAAGCCAGAAUAGGCGAGGAACUUGAAGGUGCUCUUGUUGAAGCAAUUGAAAGAUCAAGGAUGUCAAUUCUUAUACUGUGUGAAGAGUAUCCAACUUCCAAGUGGUGUCUUGAUGAACUCGUCAAGAUCAUGGAGUGUUCCGGCAACGGAACAAAGCGACCGGUGUUACCGGUCUAUUUCCGUGUGGCAAAAUCAGAUGUGCAGUUUCAGAAAAAUAAGUAUGAAACAGCCAUGGCUGCUCAUCAAGUAAAAGGAAGAAACAACCACAAGUUGGAAGCAUGGAAGUCAGCUUUGUCUCAAGUAGGCAAGAUUUAUGGUCAACGCUGUGAUCACAAAACCUGA